AUGGUCACCUUCGCACCCCGCAAGUCCCAUUUUGACAUCGGAAAUGAGGCCAGCUACACAAAUCAGUUCCGCGGCUUCUUCACUCUCUUUUGGAUCUCCCUCUUCCUCUUCAUCGUCAGCACAUACAUUCGCAGCGUUGAACAGGCAGGCUCUCCCCUCAACCUCGAGUUCGCGACCAUGAUGUCGCGCGACGCCAUGACCCUCGCGCUCUCCGACGCCGUUCUCGUCCUCAGCACAGGCAUCUGUGUUCUUUUCGCCAAGGCCAUCUCCACGGGUUGGAUCAAGUACUACUGGCAAGGCAUCCUCCUCCAGCAUCUCUGGCAGGCCACGAUGCUCGCUGUCGCCGUUACGUGGACGUUCAACAGGCAAUGGCCUUGGGUCCAAUCUGGGUUCCUUACCCUCCACUCGUUUGUCAUGAUGAUGAAGGUACACUCAUACCUCAGCGUCAAUGGCGAGCUCGCAUCCGUUGACAAGCGCGCCCGCGCGCUGCUCGGCCAGCUCAAACGGGCCGCCGAAGACGAGGGUGGAUGGGAUGCCGCGCUCCAGGCGGCUGAAUCGGCAAUGAUCCAGCAGGAAUCACCUGUGGAGAUUGGUACCCCGGAUGUUCCACUUGACAUACCCGCUGGAAGUACCACGUCCUACGUCGACGUGCGCACUGUUGCCACCUUACGCCAGCGCCUCCUCGCGCACUCUGGCAAAGAUAUCGGGCCUCCCACUCCCUCAGAGAUCCUCUCCAACCAUCCCUCGGAGAAGAUUGCGUCUCUCGCCAAGGCACACACCGAGCUCGAAUAUGAACUGACCGGAUCCAUCGAGGGCAAGGUUCGGUGGCCUCAAAAUAUCAGCUUUUACGACUUUGCAUGGUAUCAGCUGACGCCGACACUGGUUUAUGAGCUCGAAUAUCCCCGCACACAGAGCAUCCGCCCACUCUACGUCUUCGAGAAGUCGGUCGCAUUCUUUGGGACGUUCGCUCUCCUGUACACAAUGGUGGAAACAUUCAUCCUACCUCUUACGCCGACUCCGGAGCAGAGCUUUGCGCGCAGCUUGCUCGACCUCGCGAUGCCGUUCAUGAUCUCGUACUUGCUACUCUUCUACAUCAUCUUCGAAUGCAUCUGCAACGCCUUCGCUGAGCUCAGCUACUUCGCGGACCGUCAAUUCUACGACGACUGGUGGAACUCGACGUCAUGGGACGAGUUCUCACGCAAGUGGAACAAGCCGGUGCACACCUUCCUUCUCCGUCACGUCUACGCGUCAUCCAUCAGCAGCUACAAGCUUUCGCGACAAGGCGCCAUGUUCUUCACGUUCUGCUUCAGUGCUCUUGCACAUGAGCUUGUGAUGGCCGUCGUGACGAAGAAGAUACGCUUCUACCUCUUCAUCCUACAGAUUGCACAAAUCCCUCUGAUCGCCAUCGGAAGGAUCCCAGCCAUUCGGAGAAACAAGCUCAUGGGCAAUAUAGUGUUCUGGAUUGGGCUCUACGCAGGCUUCCCUCUCUUAUGCGUUGCGUACGUCGCGUACUAA